AAAAAUCCGUGUGCAACUUUACUCCUACUUCCCAUAUUUCCGACAGCUCCUGAAUGCAGCAGUAGGCUGACUGGCUCUGUGAAGAUGGCGGACUGUAUACGUGUUCCUCUGCUCCUGCUUUUGAUGUGCAUCUUGUCGUCUGUGCAUCCAAUUCGAGGAGAUCGCGUUGGUGCCGACAUGAUCGUCGCAAACGCGGAGAAGCAGCAGAAUCUAGCCGGAGGUCCGGCGCCGGCUGCGCUGAACCCGGCAGCCGCUGAAAGGAACCCUGGCGCUGGGGCCUCGCUGCCUCGGAGGCGCUCUGCCGGCUGGAAGUUGGCAGAGGAGGCGGUGUGCAGGGAGGACCUGACCCGGCUUUGCCCCAAACAUUCCUGGAACAACAACCUGGCGGUGUUGGAGUGUCUCCAGGACAAGAAGGAGGAAACGGAGAUUGCUGCCGAAUGCAACCAUCUGCUGUGGAACUACAAGCUGAACCUGACCACCGACCCCAAGUUUGAGUCUGUAGCCGUGGAGGUCUGCAAGACGACCAUCUCUGAGAUCAAAGAAUGUGCGGCGGAGGAGCUGGGGAAGGGCUACCUGGUGUCCUGCCUGGUCGACCACCGCAGCAACAUCAGCGACUACCAGUGCAACCAGUACAUCACCAAGAUGACCUCCAUCGUCUUCAGCGACUACCAGCUCAUCUGCGGCUUCACCGAGAAGUGUCGCGACGACAUCAACGCCCUGCGCUGCGGCAGCAUCAGCACCGGAGAGAAGGACAUCCACUCUCAGGGCGAGGUGAUCGCCUGCCUGGAGAAAGGUUUGGUGCGGGAGGCCGAGGAGCAGCCGGGGGCGCACGCCAUCAAGGACGAGUGUAAGAAGGCCAUCAUGAGAGUGGCCGAGCUCUCCUCGGACGACUUCCACCUCGACCGCUACCUGUACUUCGCCUGCCGCGAGGACCGAGAGCGCUUCUGUGAAAACACUCUGGCCGGAGAAGGACGAGUUUACAAAUGUCUCUUCAAUCACAAGUUUGAGGAGGCGAUGUCCGAGAGGUGCCGCGAGGCGUUGACCACCAGGCAGAAGCUGAUCGCUCAGGACUACAAGGUGAGCUACUCGCUGGCUCGAGCCUGCAAGUCGGACCUGAGGAAGUACCGCUGCAGCGUGGACACCAACAUGCCCCGAGCCCGGGAGGCUCGUCUGUCCUACCUGCUGCUCUGCCUGGAGUCGGCCGUGCACCGAGGUCGCGUGGUGAGCGGCGAGUGUCAGGGCGAGAUGAUGGACUACAGGCGGAUGCUGAUGGAGGAUUUCUCUCUGAGCCCGGAGAUCGUGCUGCACUGUCGCAGCGAGAUCGAGGGUCACUGCUCCGGUCUGCACCGCAAAGGCCGAACGCUGCACUGCCUGAUGAGGGUCGGCCGCGGCGACAUGGGAGCCAUCGACCCCAACUGUCAGAGGGCGCUCCAGACUCUGAUCCAGGAAGCCGACCCCGGAGCCGACUACCGCAUCGACCGGGCUCUGAACGAGGCCUGCGAGUCCGUCAUCCAGACCGCCUGCAAACACAUCAGGAACGGAGACCCCAUGAUCCUGUCGUGUCUGAUGGAGCAUCUGUACACGGAGAAGAUGGUGGAGGACUGUGAACACAGACUGUUGGAGCUGCAGUACUUCAUCGCCAGAGACUGGAAGCUGGAUCCCAUCCUCUAUAAGAAAUGUCAGGGCGACGCUGCUCGCCUCUGUCACACUCACGGCUGGAACGAGACCAGCGAGAUGAUGCCGCCCGGCGCCAUUUUCUCCUGCCUGUACCGCCACGCUUACCGCUCGGUGGAGCAGGGACGCAGGCUUCCAGAUGAAGCAGAAAACUCCGGUUUGACUCUCUCCAGAGACUGUAAGGUGGAGGUGCAGAGGAUCCUCCACCAGAGGGCGCUGGACGUGAAGCUGGACCCCGAGCUGCAGCGGCGCUGUAUGACCGACCUGGGGAAGUGGUGCAGCGAGAAGACGGAGGCCGGACAGGAGCUGGAGUGUCUGCAGGACCACCUGGAGGACCUGGUGUCGGACUGCAGAGACGUGGUGGGAAACCUGACGGAGCUGGAGUCCGAGGAUAUUCAGAUCGAGGCGCUGCUGAUGAGAGCCUGUGAACCCGUCAUCCAGGCCCACUGCCACGAGGUGGCUGAUAAUCAGAUCGACACCGGUGACCUGAUGGAGUGUUUGGUUCAGAACAAGCACCAGAAGGAGAUGAAUGAGAAGUGUGCGGUGGGAGUGACGCACUUCCAGCUGAUUCAGAUCAAAGACUUCCGCUUCUCCUACAAGUUCAAGACGGCCUGCAAGGAGGACGUCCUCAAACUGUGUCCCAACAUCAAGAAGAAGGUGGACGUGGUGAUCUGCCUCAGCACCACGGUGAGGAACGACACGCUGCAGGAGGUCAAGGAGCAGCGGGUGUCCGUCAAGUGUCGCAAACAGCUGCGGGUGGAGGAGGUGGAGAUGUCUGAGGACAUCCGUCUGGAGCCGGAGCUGUACGACUCCUGUAAGCAGGACAUCACCAAGCUGUGUCAGAACGUGGCGUUCGGCAACGCUCAGGUCAUCGAGUGUCUGAAGGAGAACAAGCGUCAUCUGUCGUCUCGCUGCCACCAGAGGAUCUUCAAGCUGCAGGAGGUGGAGAUGGUCGAUCCUGAACUGGACUACCAGCUGAUGAGAGUCUGCAAACACAUGAUCAGACGGUUCUGUACGGAGUCGGAGGGGAAGAACGUUCUUCAGUGUCUGAAACAGAACAAGAACAGUGAGCUGAUGGAUCCUAAAUGCAAACAGAUGAUCACUAAGAGACAGAUCACACAGAACACAGACUACAGGCUGAACCCGGUCCUGAGGAAAGCCUGUAAAGCCGACAUCCCAAAGUUCUGUCAGUCCAUCCUGAACAAGGCGACGGCGGACAGCGAGCUGGAGGGUCAGGUCAUCUCCUGCCUCAAACUCAAAUACGCCGACCAGCGCUUGUCUUCAGACUGUGAGGAUCAGAUCCGGGUCAUCCUGCAGGAGUCGGCCCUGGACUACAGACUGGACCCUCAGCUGCAGCUCCACUGCACACAGGAGAUCUCCAGGUUGUGUCCGGAGGAGGCGGCGGCUCAGGAGCAGACGGGGCAGGUGGAGGAGUGUCUGAAGGUCAACCUGCUGAAGAUCAAACAGGAAGGAUGUAAGAAGGAGGUGUUGAACAUGCUGAAGGAGAGUAAGGCGGACAUCUUUGUCGACCCCGUCCUUCACACCGCCUGCGCUCUGGACAUCAAACACCACUGCGCUGCCAUCCCACCUGGCAGGGGGCGCCAGAUGUCGUGUCUCAUGGAGGCGCUGCAGGACAAACGAGUCCGUCUGCAGCCCGAGUGCAAGAAGAGGCUCCAGGAUCGCAUCGACAUGUGGAGCUACGCUGCCAAGGCGGCUCCUGCUGAGGGUUUCUCGGACCUGGCCGCUCAGGUGCUGACGUCGCCGUCCAAGAACUACAUCCUGACGGUGAUCGGUACGGGCGUGGCGCUGCUCUUCCUGAUGGGGCUGCUCUGCGGCCGCUUCACCAAACGCGUCACUCAGGAGCUGAAGGACAGCGAGCGAGCGCCCCUCCUUCCUGCAGGAGGUGGGAGGAGGAGGAGUGAGGGAGGGGGGAGGAGGAUGCAGGCGGCGAAGGUUCGACCUCCUCCGGAGCAUCAGCAGCAGCUGGCUGGUUCUUUCAUGUAGGGCAGUGAACGCCUCUCUUUGGCGGGCAGAGUGAGUCCGAUUUCUGCUUUGGGUGUUGGAUGGUGAAGGCGGCAGCACGUUAGAAACAUUAGCGUUCGACAGAAUCGAGCGCGAGUCCAGAAUAUUUUGUCAAUUUAACGACGCUCCACAUGAUCUGAGAUCGAAGAGACGAGCUGGAAAAAGAACGACUGUAGUUUUUGAGUCGGUGCGUCGAUAUCUUGUAAUGUGAUGAUACUUUGGGGAUGACCACUGGUGCUUAUUAAGACUGAUCAGUGAUGUGAAGACCAAACAGGAGGUUCAUUUCACAAACAUAUCACAAUCUUUAUACGUGCUUUCACACCUGUGCUGUUUGGUGCGUUUGGGUCCGGACGUAAUGAUUGAACUCUAGACUUUGGUGUUAAAGGAGCUGUUUCUAAGUUUUUUGCGAUUGCUUUACAUAUAUAGCCAACAUUAGCAUUAGCAUCUGUUUACGUUGCGAGUUUGGCAUCAUACUUCAUUUCUUUACUCGCCACGAGCUGUCUCCAUAGGUGGAAAGAAAUGCCGACGUGCCACAUGUUUUCUUCUGGAGAAGUUUGCAUGCUAACCAGCUAGCCCAGGUUCAGUUGGCCUAUCUCAUCACUUGCCAUUAGUGUCCAGAUUUCCAGAACCUCUUGAAUUGUAAAAGAAACAAUGACUAAAGCAGGAUCACAGCACAGAAAACUUAAAGUUAGCUCCUUUUAAAGCAAAUCAUACCAAUCACAUUAGCUCUUUAGCAUUAAAACGUUAGCAUUAAACCUAAAUUAUUAAAUUCAUCUGAUGAUCAGUUGUUGAUCACCUGAUCUGUACGUGAUGCAUCGUUUGAUAACCUGCGGGUUCACGCUGGAGGAAGAAGCAGGUGGUGGAGGUUUUGGUUUUAUCAAGAGAGUCACGGCGUCGUUGAGCUUUUUGGUCUCGUUGUGACUAAAGAAUCUCUCCUCUCCCGGCUCGAGCCUGAUCACCUGUACAUGACGUGUACUAUACUGAGUGAUGACAUACUGUAAACUACGUACCGUGCAGUUAUAGCCUGUACCUGUUUCUUAUUUUCUAAUUGUUGAAGCUUGCUGUGGUGAGCGCUGCCCUCCCUGCUUGAAAAUGAGACGUUGAACUGCCUUCGCGUUUUUGUUUUUUUGUUUUCUUCUUUCUCCCCAUCUGACGUCAGUUUUAUCAAAGCGUGCCUACUCACCGUCCCACCGAGGGAUCCCGCUGUACAGAACAUCCCAGAAUUCCCUGCAGCGCUCAGCCGACGAACAUGCGGGCGUGUGUGUUGAGUGUGUGUUAGCGUGUGAUGGAUGACAUGUCUCUUGUUUGUGUGUUGUUGCCCACAGAUUUCGGACCAUGAGUGUCUGCAGGACGCUGUGAUCUCUGAUCUCUGGUCGGUUCCUUGCGGUUCUCGUUGUCCCAAGCGAUGAUGAACUAGAGCGUUUUUUUUUUUGAUUUUUCAGUUUGUGACGAUAAAAAAUCUUUUUGUAAACUGUGUUUUUGUGUCUGAAUUCAUGGAGAUCCUGAUCAUCUGAUUUCUUUUUUUUUUCUUUUCUUCCCCUGUACACUUUUCUUUUUUGGUUUCUUUUUGUUGUUCUGUACAGAUGAAAAUUGGACAGUUUGUUAAUAAUAAUAAAGUCUGCAAGGUUUCUA